AACAGAAUAGUUAUUCAUUAAUCAAUAACUAACUUAUACCAUCAGAAGGUCCUGUACAACAGUGAAGAGUGCUGACAGUAGAAUGUUCCUGUUAUUUCGUAUACUUUUGUUCUGUGUUAUUAUAACAUUCAGCUAUGGGCUUGUGUUUCAUACAACAUCACUGCUAUUGCUGUUAGGGAUAUGCACAGCACUGGUGUUUACUGUAGUUGUCAUAGGUGUUCUCAAACCAUUGGCCUUUCCCUCUAGAGAAACAAUACCAGAUACAUACAACAAGGCAGUCCUCAUUAGAGGAUGUGACACAGGGGAAUAGACUAGCUAAAAAGCUGGAUUCACUUGGAUUUGUCACAAUCGCAUGCUGCUUGUCACCUGACCAAGAUGGACCAAUGGAACUCCAGCAUAGAUCUUCAUCAAAGCUUCACGUUAUUAAACUUGAUGUUAGAAAGAAUGAAGACAUUGAAAGUGCCAGAAAAUAUGUAGUCGAUAUUUUGCUAAAAACCAACUCUGAACUAUGGGGGCUUGUGAAUAAUGCUGGCAUUAGUAUGUUUAUGCCAUUUGAAUGGUACUCCACCUUUGAAGUUCUUAAUAUAUUCAACGUGAACACAUUUGGUCCUGUGAACAUGACGAGGACAUUCAUACCUCACCUGAGGAGAAGCAGGGGGAGGAUUGUCAAUGUAGCAAGUGCUGGGGGUCGCAACUCAUAUCCCAAUUCUUUGAUAUAUUGCAUGUCUAAGCAUGCAUUGGUGGCAUUGAGUGAUGGUCUUCGCCGUGAGUUAGCACCAUUUGGAAUCAGUGUGGCGAGUAUAGAACCUCAAGCAUACAGAACUCCACUAUUUAAUGCAGAGAGACUAAAACAGAAUAUGAAGGCAUCAUUUCGUUCUUGCUCAGAAGAUGUCAAACAGGCAUAUGGUGAAGGUUAUGAUGAACGCCUAGCUGAAGCAAUGAUAACUAAUGUAUACAAUGACAGGAAUGGGGCAAUUGUGAGGAAUGAUAUCAACGAGGUGGUAGACUGCAUGGUUCAUGCACUGACUGCAGUCAAACCAAGACAUCGCUACUGCCCACCUGAACCCCUGUAUAUCAUAGCAGAGUUUCUACUUAGUCUUCUGCCAAGUGAAAUAGUUGAUGGAAUAUUCAAUACAUUACUAGCCCCACUCAGUUUCAAUGCACUCUCUUCAAAGUGACACUUAUCACUAAUUGCACCUUUUUUACAUUUGGUCAGUCUGAUCUAGGAUAAAACUGAAAGAUAAUGAGUUAUGUGUACCUGGAAAGAACAUGGGUGGGACUUCUAUUAUCUAAAGGAGUGGUAUCGAUAUGGAGAACUGAAUUCAACAAUGUUUUUCUCUUAAACCAAUCAUUGAAAACAUUCUGUAAAAAAACAC